UGAAUCCCUACAUGACAAAAAAAUAAUUUUACUAUGUUACAAAACUUGCACAAUAUUUCAACAAAACCACUUGAUUAUUGUAAUUGUAAUUGUAAUAAUAAUAAUAAUAAUAAUAAUAAUUUAAGAAAGAAAUAUUUAUUUAUGUAAUAAAUAGAACUAUCAAAACACAGAUUUCGAAUAAAAGAAUAUGGACGUGAAAAAAUAUAUUGAAGGUUAACUUUCUGGUUAAUACGAGCAAACUAUUUCUCGAAAGAUUAAUAAUAAAAUCAUAACGAUAAAUUAUACGAUCAAAUUCAGGAAUAAAUCUUUUUAUAUUUUAAUUUGAACAAAAUUUAAGAUGUUCACGAUAUAACACGAUUUCAAUCGUACUACACUCACCCCACGCGAUUAGAACAGAAGGAAAGACCUGCCGCUUGAAUAUGGUUACAUGAGACAGUGAUCGAAACGAUAUUAUAGAUGGCAGUCCCUGCGUUUUAUUUCAUUCCUCUACUAGAGGCCUCUACGUCGAACUAAAACAUAUAGAAAUCGUCGAUAAUUAUUUGAAAAGAAAUUUGAACGAAAUAAACAAAAAUUUAUACGAUUUGAAUAUUUCGAAUUUGGAAUCAUGUUUUCGUAUGUAAUUUGAUUAAAAUUAUUCUCUCAUAUGAUAUUUCCUUUAUAAUUUAAUAGUAAAAAUGAUAUCGUAUGUAAGACAAUUUAAAAAAACAAUGUACUAACUAUAAAAAAAAGGAUAAUAUAUAUCAUCAAAUAAAAAACAAUGUAAUAAAACAAGUGUCAACGAGUUAAUUACAUAAAUAUAAUUUGAAAAGAUGACAAGGGUGAUAAUAUCGCGAUCGUUCCAAGUAACGAUCAGAUAAUAUCUUAACGAGUAAUCGAUUAUUUUCUGAUGUCUCUUCUAUUGUUUAACAGUAAUCAAAAAAAUUUUUCUUUUGUAAUCAUUCCAAAAUUCUUGAAAAAAGAAACAAGAAAAAAUAGAAGAACAAAAAAAGGAAUGGAAUAACGCGAUGAAGAAAAGAAAAAAGAAAAAAAGAAGAAACAUUUCAUUCAAAAACACUAUCGAAAUCCAAAUCAAUAAAUGAAACAAAAUCGAAACGUGGAUGAUGUUGUUGGCCAUGAAUGAAAGGUGGGCCAGGGAUGCGUGUUAUAACGACAACACGACACAUUAUCGAGCGACCUGGUGACCUCUCACAUCAAGGAAUUGAUUAUUUUAGGGGAGUCACCCUGAGGAGUCGAGAAUAGCGAGGUAGUUCGUCAUGGAUACUCGUUCAGGUAGCAUAAAAGAUCCGAUUUAUUACCCAUCUGGUUCGGAUAACUUGGAUCAAAAUAAUGAUGUCGAAUCAAGCGCUCGUAGUUCUGGUGGUAGUCAAGAACUCGGUUUGGACGAGAGCGCCUCGCUUAAAGUACCAAGAAAGUUUAUUACAAAUUGGCGGCAAGCCUGCGAUCGGACUCGUGAUAGAACAAAAGAUUUAUUAAAAAGAUGGAGAACAGUACCUAGUAAUACUGACGUAUUCACUGAAACUUCAACAGUUACCAAAGAGAUCGAACAUCCUGGCUGGAGCGUACACGUUUGGACAACUUGGGUGAGUCGUUAUCCUAGCGACGAUAGUUUAACAGCGAUCGAACAUUUUGACAAAAGAGGACAUUCGAAAGUAUUGGCGCCUAUACAACGUGAUAAACUUUCACAUUUCUUUAUAUUAUUGGAUCACGACAAGGAUGGUUUUAUCACUAGAAAGGAUUUCGGGAUAUUAUCCGAGAAAUUACGAAGAUUCGCCGAUUGGUCUUGGAACGGUCCGGAAUAUUUACGUUUGUUAGAAGUCGAAAAAGGAUUUGCUUCAUUGAUAUUUCCUGAAAAUAAAAACGAACUGGAACAACAGACGAGAAAAAUCGAUCUUGACGAUUGGUUAUCUUGGUGGACAAAAAUAAUAACUCCAAUUAACGGAACGAAUUACAAUGAGUUACCGUUUUGGAUUAAAAUGAUGCCAAAAAUAUUUUUCCUCGUUAUUAAUGGUACAGGAAAUGGAAAGAUCAGCAAGGAUGAGAUUAGCAAUUUUUAUGGUUCGAUCGUUGGUCUUGAUUCGGAUAGAAUUGAAAAAUGUAUUGACAUUGCCUAUAACUCGAUGACCUCUAACGGAGAUCAUCCUCUCGGUUGGCCGCAGUAUCAAUUAAUUUUUGCAAAUUUUUUAUUUGGACGUGGUCCUUUCGGACCGGGUGAACAUUUUCUUGGAAUGACAGACUCUUGUAUCGCACGUGGAAACAGUAUACCUUUUCCAAUUGAUUAUUCCGCCAUGAAUACUCCGAAAGAUAAAUUAGAAAUUUAUAGUCCACAUUGUAAAAGUAGUAGACGAAGUGUUGUGGUAUAAAAUAUAACAUAAGUUAUAUACAUAUGUAAAUUGAAUUAACGCGUUAAUUGCAAAAUGGUUAACUUCGGUUCGUUUAUAAAUGUUACGAAUUUAUUCUUUUUCUUUAAUACUCGUAUGAAUUAUUUACGAACUUUCUUAUAUACCAAAGUUAUUUAAUUUCUUAAUUCGAGUUUAUCUUUUAAUUUAUUAUAUUUUAAGAUUAUAUUAUAAACAAAUAAAUAUAUAUAUAUAUAUAUAUAUUAUUGUUAUAUGAAGAAUUGUAAUUGUAAUUAAAUUAUAUUUAUAAUAUAUAUAUAUAUAUGAACACACGCAUAUGCGUGCGUGCGCGCGUGUACGUGUGUGUGUAUGUGUAUGUGUGUGUGUACAAUUAAAAUAUAAAUUUGGAGCGAUCGUUUAGCAAUGAAGUAUUAAGUAUUAGAAAAGCAAUAGAAGGACUUGAUGUAUAUCAAUUCUUUUAUUUCAAAAAUAAUCAUGUAAUAACUUACAAGGGACAUACACGAGGCAUAAAAGGACAUGCUUAAUAUUUUACUAUUUAACUAAAGACAUGAUUAGGGUAGUCGUGGCGUUGCAUGUAACAAAAAUAUUUCAAAGAAUUCAUUUCGAAUUCUAUUAACAUUUUACUUAAAUACUGACGCGUUUAGAUAAAACAGUUAUGGAAGCUAAUUCUCAUAUAUAUAUAUAUAUAUAUAUAUAUAUAUAUAUAUAUAUAUAUAUACUACACGUAUACUUGAGUAAAAUAUGAUAUUCGUAUACAAUCCAGUUUACAUGAGUUACAUUAUUUUUCGAUGUAAUUAUUAAAAUUACCAUAAUUGGAUAUUUCUUUAUCAUCACGCGUAUAUAAUGAUUGAUAUAAUAUAAAAUAUUAAUUAAAAUUAUAUGAUCUGCAUAUGACUAAAAAGCAGAAAGCACGAAAUUCGCUAAUUUUUCGAAUUUAUCUAAUUAAAAUUAUAGAUAAUAUAAUGAAAUUAUUUCUAAAUUAAUUGUAAUAUAUGUAAGUAAAUAGUAAAUUGGCGUGGCAAAACAAGCAGUCGGUCAAAUAAUUUUGCGAAUGAUUAAUGAUUUGAUAUUAAAAUUAUUUAACGAAGACAUUUCAAAAUGUCGACUUACUUACAUUCAAACACACACACACACAUACACACACACACACGUACACGCACGCAAACAUACACGUACACGCACGCAAACAUACACGUACACGCACGCACUUACGCACAGUCCUUUUGUAUCGUUAUAAAGAUUGGCAGUAUAUUAAUAAUAUUGUGUAGUAUGGUAUAUUGUUAUCAUGAUUCUUAAAAAUAUGUAUUAUAUAUAUAUAUAUAUGUGUAUGUAUGUAGGUAUAAACCUGAGUUGGGAUGAUAUCAAUUUGGUACAUUGUACAUAUGGUAAUCUGUUUGACAUAAGGAGUUAUUUUUUUUCUUGUUCUUUCUUUCUUUCUUUCUUUCUUUUCUUUCCUUUCUUUCUUUCUUUCUCUUAACGCAUCCUUAUAUGAUUGAUAUUAUUUAUUGUGUUUCGCUUGUACUUUUAUUUGUGCUUGUACUUUGAUAUUUUCACCAUAAGCAUUAAACUAUGGCAGCAAUAUA